ACAUGGAACGAUCAGCGAUCCUGUCCGUCUUCGUGACGAUUCUUGCGAUUACUAUGCAAGAGACAUCUGGUGCGAUGACAAUGCCUCAGUUGAAGCAAGCUGCCAGAAUGAUAAGGAAGACGUGCCAGCCGAAAGCAGGAGUUGCUACUGAUCUUUUGGACUUACUUGACGAGGGAGUAUUCACCGACGACAGAAAUUUGAAGUGUUACCUGAAAUGCGCAAUGGGAAUGAUGCAGGCGAUGAGGGACGGAAAGCUGAGGACAGACAUUGCUCUUUCUAUGGCUGAGAAGCUGAGUGCAGACAUCAAGGAUAGGGUCAUAGCUGCCAUACAAAAGUGCAGCAGCGCGGAUGACGUCGCAUCGACAUAUGCACUCGCGUUUCAAUACAAAAUGAACCUACCUGCGAUCUCUUCAGUCUUUGUGCUGGUCCUGGCCACCGCACUCCAUGAAACCUCAGCUGGGAUGUCAAUGGAUCAGGUUAAGCAGACGUUGAAGAUGCUGAGAAAUGUGUGUCAACCGAAGACGGGGGUCUCUAUGGAAUUGGUGGAAGGAAUUCAAGCAGGAAACUUUCCCGAAGACGAUAAUCUGAAGUGCUACACGAAGUGCGUCAUGGGAAUGAUGCAGGCGAUAAAGGGCGGGAAAUAUAAGCCGGACGCAGCCAUAGGACAAGCGAAGAUGCUUCUGAGUGGGGACACCAGAGACAGGGUGAUUGCUACAAUGGAGAAGUGUCGCAACGCAGCGGAUGGGAUAUCCGAAGUUUGCGAAGUGGCAUUCGUGACAACGAAAUGCAUAUACGAAGCAGACCCAGAGUGUUUCUUCUUCGCUUGACUGAACAUCAGAACUUCUUCAGGAAAGUUGGGAGAAGAAGAGUGAAGAGUAGAGAAAAGUUCUCCUGUA